CUCUUUUCUUUUUUUUUUAAAUAUUAAAAAAAAUAUAAGCAUUAGUAUUAUAUUACAUUUCCUAUAAAUGGCACUGCAAAACUGAAUUUCAAAGACUAGUCAGCUAUAUUCACUCAUGCAAUAUGAAAGACUCAUGCUUUGACUGUUAUUAAAAACAACAAGUGGCAGCUUUUGGUGAAGCGACUGUCAUCAGAACAAUAUUAAAUUUGCAAAGCGCAGAAUAAAUACGGCGUGGCAGUGAUUUAGUCGAAUAUGUGCAGGUACUGAAUAUGUUUUUCUGUAUUUGAAUACAAGCCUACACUAUUAAUGCCACAGUGAAAGUAUCGUCGUCUGCUCUCACUUAUUGAACCACUAUAGUCGGGCCUUCUUCUAUUUGUGACAGUACAAGUUGCUCAGACUCUUGUCAACAUGUAUUGUAAGUAAACAAGUUUUUAUGUAAAGUUGUUUUGUAAAUUCAGCUGCCAAUGUAAAAAAUAUUGUGAAUUGUAUUUUUUUGUAUCAUACAUCACUACUGUUUUCUUUCUUUUUGUAUUGUAUAUAAAAAGCACUUUAUUUUAAUUUUUCAAAUAAAGAUAAAAUGGAGAUUUUUGUUAUUUGAAAGGCUCAUGAUUUCAGUAGGUUAACCAUUUCCUUUCAGACAAUGGUGCAGGUUUUUGCAAGAGCGUUGUAGUGGGAGACCUCAAAUCUGGGUUUUAAUGGGUCCAUAUGCAAGAAAUUUUAUUUUUUACCAUCUAACAUUUGAUGCAAAUACCAAUUUGUAUCAUUUUCUGGUAGAAAUUUGUUUAUUUAACCUCCAGCUGGUUAAAAGGGAGCUUUCCUUUCCCACUGUUCCCAAGUGCUUGCUCAUUAAGGGCUCAUUUGAUUAUUGGGAUUGUCCCUGUGUUAUUGUAAGGUCUUUACCUCACAAUAUAAAGCGCGUUGAAGUGACUGUGAAUCAUGGCCCUAGAUCCGAUUUAAAUCGCCCCUCGCUCCUACCUUAAAAUGUAUUAUUUAUGGACUGCCACCAUAAACAGAAUAAACUGUAAUUUCUCUUUUUACCGCAUGGCGGCAGCACCAUCGGAUAUAUGUUGCAGCUAAUAACUACAUAAAUGCUUUAUACACUCACACAAUAGUAAGUGCCGUUCAAAAUUAACCUGAGAUACUGAUAUUCAGCAGCUUUACCAAGUUUCAGGUAUUCCAGCUUGAGUUGGUACUAGGGCAACUAGGGAAACAUCCCCCACACCAUUAUACCCCCAUCAGCCUGAACCACUAAUUACCAAGGAGGAUGGAUUCAUGCUUUCAUGUUGUUUACCCGAAAUUCUGACUAUAAAAGUUGAAAGUUGCUGCAAAAACAGAACAAAGCAAUAGUUCCACUUUUCUCUUGUCCCAUUUUGGUGACCCCGUGUGAUUUAUAGCCUUAGUUUUCUAUUUGUGGCUGUCAGGAGCAGAGGUCGGUGUGAUCCUUUGCUGCUGUAGCUCGCCUGCUUCAAAAUUCAUCAUGUUGAGCUCAGAGACGCUCUUCUGCAUUACUUCGUCAUAACAUGGUUUAUUUCCUGUUUUCAUACUAUUAGCUUGAAGCAGAUAUUUAGCUUUCUUGGUACCUAAAACCAUGUCAUAGUCAAAGUCACUUAACUCACCCUUCUAUAUUCAGAUACUCACUUUGAACUUUCACAAUUGGCGCCUACAUAACUAAAUGCACUAAGUUGCUGCCAUGUGAUUGGCUGAUUAGGAAUGUUGUUAUUUCAAGGAACACUUAUUCUAAAUAAGUGGCCAGUGACUUAAAAACGCUGCUGCAGUCCCAGCUGGAACAAACUGUGGGCCCCAACUCUGAGUACAGGUUACCGCUUUUCCUCUCAGGGUGUUGUCAGAAACUCUGCAAACCCAGCCAAACAAUGGUGCGCAGGUUAUCUGAUAAAACUCUCACAUGGAGCACACACACCUUAAAGGCAAACACAGUAACUAUGGAGCGACCCAGCCUUCGGAGAUUAUUCUCUGUUUGCGACGUGAACAAGUCCGGUAAGAUCGAGUACGAGGACUUUACUGUAGUCUGCCGGGAGCUCAGCGUCCCUGAAACCGAGAUCGGGACUCUGUUUGACAAGUUUGACCCGCACGAAGACGGAUACAUCGACUACAACAGGUUUUCCUCCAGGUUUCAGGAGGUUUCGGAGACUCUGGAUCUGGCGUCUUUCGGCGCAGGGGCAUCCCAAGCACAAGACUCCCCCUGGGAAGAGUUUGAAGACAAGGCAGAUACGAAAUCCAUCCUUACCGAAAGUUUCAGGGAGCAGCUGGCCGAUCUUUACAAGGCCAUUCACUCCUCUGCAAACAUGACUCUCCUGCAGCAGUAUGAGGAACUUAUCCACUCCCUCAUCAGCCAAAGCCUGGACAGCAGACUUCAGUGUGAACAGCUUGAAACCAGUCUGAAGCGAGCCGAGGGCUUAAAUCACAGUCAGCUGACAGAGCUGGAGGACGAUAUACAACAACAUCUCGCUAGGACGGAGGAGAGGGCGAGAGACGAGGAGAGAAAGAAAAUGGAAGAAAUUAUGGCCGGCUUGCAGAGGAGGCAUGAGAAUGAAGUUGCAGACCUGCAUGCCAGUGUGGAAAGACUGUUAAAGAGUAAAGAAGACUCUGAACUGAACCAUUCAAAGGAAGAGAUGCUCAGACUGAGCGGACAAAUCAGCAAUCUCUCACACGAGAACGAGCAGCUACGCGGCUCUCUUCUGCAAGCCCAGACAAACAUCGCCAUCCUGCACUCAGAGCUGGACAAGCUGAAGAACGUGUAUGCGGAUCAGAAAGCUCAACAUGAACGAGAAACGGAAGAUUUGAAGAGGAUGGCUAUGGAAUACCAGUCGUACUCCAGUCAGAUUCAGAUUCUCCAGGAACUGAAUAAAAAGCUGUAUGACAGUAAUGACGACCUGCGCUCGGUAUUGGCAAGUGAAGCAGUUGCAGCUAAAAGAAGGCUGUCUCCCCAAAAUGAAAUCCCAGCCAGGAGAAUGAAACCCCUCCGACAGAGCACGCUCAACCAUAGCGGCUUGGAGGUCCCGAGCAAACUGACCUACUCUCAUGUGGCCACCUGGGCCGAUAAAUACCUGGACAGUGGGGUCUCCCUGCCGAUGGACACAGCUGAGAGCUCGGGCAGUGACUACGACAGCGACGACAGCAGAAGCUCGGUGGAAACUGUGCACUUCAGUUACUCGUGUGUCCCAUCUGACAUGGAGAUAUCAGAAGUGAAAUCUGAAGCUGCCGUGUCAAUGGCUCCGAGUAUGGCCACCUCCAUCGCUUCUUCCCUACGAAGACGUUUAUCUGCCUUUUCUCCAAAGCGGCCGUUGGAAGCAGACAUGGAAGCAUGUGAUGAGCCCACCCAGAUGUACCGCCUGGUUUUAGCGGGAGACGCAGGAGCGGGGAAGUCCAGCUUCCUGCUGAGAUUGACCCUUAACGAGUUCAGAGAUGAUAUUCAGACAACACUGGGGGUUGAUUUCCAAAUGAAGAGGAUGUUGGUGGAUGGCGAGAAGACAAAUCUGCAGAUCUGGGACACAGCGGGGCAGGAGAGGUUUCGUAGUAUUGCCAGGUCUUACUUCCGUAAAGCUCACGGAGUCCUGCUCCUCUAUGACGUGACUUCAGAAAGCAGCUUCCUUAACGUCAGAGCAUGGGUGGAUCAGAUUCAGGAGUCAGCGGAGGAGAAAAUACCCAUGUGUGUUAUUGGAAACAAGGUGGACCUCCGAGGGGAGCUUCCUGAGGGAAGCUGUGUGAGCAGUUUGCACGGUGAAAAGUUGGCCAAGACGUACGGUGCCUUGUUCUGCGAAACGAGUGCCAAAGAGGGUACAAACAUCACAGAGGCUGUGCUUCAUCUUGCAAGAGAAGUGAAGAAAAAUGUCAAACUGAGGCCGCAGUCAGACUCUCAGGUCAGACUGAAUCAAAUCAGCCCAAAGAAAACUCUUAACAACUGCUGUGGACUGUAGACGACUCAUGUCUGUACAGAGCAACGAAGGACAACGUGCUACUUUUAUUUAAUAAAUGUCAAAUUUUAAAAACUGUUAUAUGUAUUACUAUAAAAAUCCUAAAUGUACUUUUAUUAUUUGAUCAAAAUGAAGGUUUCUAUUGUGGGAAUAUUGCACAUGUGCAAAUAUAAAUGUACAACAUUAUAUUUCUUUUAAAAAGUUUUAUUUAUUUGGUAGGUUAUUUUUAUAAAAUAAGCAACAGUGUUUACAUUUUCAUUUAAUGUAAGUAUUUUAACUGUAACUGCCAGAUACACAAACACUUUUUUUCGAUCAAUGCACUAUUUUUUUUUUUUUCCCCCCCAGAUUUCUUUUCUAGAGUUGCAUAAGAGGGGGAAAAAUAUUUAAUUUUUUUGUUUUCAUCGUCACUGUAAGCAAUACUACAUUGCGGGUUUAUCGCUUGUACUAAUUGAAGGAUUUAUCUGUGUGUAAAUAAAACUGCUUGUAACUGGG